UACGUUGGCCCGCAACCCACUACCAUAUGAAAUGAACGCUUUGCAACUGAUUACGUUUGUGUCCUGUAUCUUAGCAGCCGACACAUAUCUUUUUGGGAAUGUGUGCGACAUUGACGUAGACUCUUCGAACGGAGUGCUUGAUCCGAGUUGCAGAUCCGGCACAGUGACGAUCCGGUCUACCAGUAAGGUUGCCUACAUUCGCUUCAGCAAUGUCGGACGCAUUUGCAUACAUAGCAUAUCCGGAUUAACUGUGACAGACGUGUUGACAAACCAAGAUCUAAGUAAUGUGCCAUGUGAAAGACAAACUGUCGGGGAUGUUGUCUUACACGUUCAGGUCCGCAUACCUUAUUCGCGUGGCAGUUUCCACUACACAAUCAGUUAGUGACGAAAAUGUCAAGCAACACUGUAAAACAGAAUAUAAAUAAAAGUUUGCAAAUGAA